ACCUAAACUUAAUUUCUCCACUUUAAGAGUUGAAAUUGAAAGACUGCCAGCAGCCGUUUUGUUCAGCAGCAUGGCGGCUCCUCUCACUGACCAGGAGAAGCGUAAACAGAUCAGUAUCAGAGGAAUUGUCGGGGUGGAGAACGUCGCAGAGUUGAAGAAAGGUUUUAACCGACACCUCCACUUCACUUUGGUCAAAGACCGGAAUGUAGCGACGCCGCGGGAUUAUUACUUCGCCCUCGCGCACACGGUUCGAGAUCACCUGGUGGGAAGAUGGAUCAGAACCCAGCAGUUCUACUACGAGACCGAUCCCAAGCGAGUGUACUACCUCUCCCUGGAGUUCUACAUGGGCAGAACCCUCCAGAACACCAUGAUUAACCUGGGGCUGCAGAACGCCUGUGACGAGGCCAUCUACCAGCUGGGUUUGGACAUGGAGGAUCUGGAAGAGAUGGAGGAAGAUGCAGGGCUGGGGAACGGAGGCCUGGGCAGACUGGCAGCAUGUUUCCUGGACUCGAUGGCCACCCUGGGUCUGGCAGCGUACGGUUAUGGCAUCCGUUAUGAGUAUGGGAUCUUCAAUCAGAAGAUCAAGAACGGCUGGCAGGUGGAAGAAGCAGACGAUUGGCUGCGUCAUGGUAACCCUUGGGAGAAGGCCCGCCCUGAGUACAUGCUACCAGUGCACUUCUACGGCAGAGUGGAGGAGUCUAAGGAAGGGGCCAAAUGGGUGGACACACAGGUGGUCCUUGCUAUGCCCUAUGACACGCCCAUCCCUGGAUAUAUGAACAACACAGUCAACACCAUGAGGCUGUGGUCUGCCAGAGCUCCCAACGACUUCAACCUGAUGGACUUCAAUGUUGGAGAUUACAUCCAAGCUGUUCUGGACAGGAAUCUGGCGGAGAAUAUUUCUCGUGUCCUCUACCCCAACGAUAACUUCUUUGAAGGGAAGGAGCUGCGGCUGAAGCAGGAGUACUUUGUGGUGGCUGCUACCCUCCAGGACAUCAUCAGACGCUUCAAGAACUCCAAGAAGGGCUUCUCCGGCCCGGUCUCCUUCGACAGCUUCCCAGAGAAAGUGGCCAUCCAGCUGAAUGACACUCAUCCUGCCAUGGCCAUCCCAGAGCUCAUGAGGGUCUUUGUGGACAUUGAGAAACUCGACUGGGACACGGCGUGGGCCAUCACCAAGCGGACCUUUGCGUACACCAAUCACACGGUGCUUCCCGAGGCUCUGGAGCGCUGGCCCAUUGGACUGCUGGAGACCCUGCUGCCCAGACACCUCCAGAUCAUCUACAGGAUCAACCAGGGCCACCUGGACGAGAUUUCGGCUCUCUUCCCAGAGGACAUGGAUCGGAUGCGCAGGAUGUCUCUGAUCGAGGAGGACGGGGGAAAGAGGGUCAACAUGGCUCACCUGUGCAUCGUGGGAUCUCACGCCGUCAACGGAGUCGCUGAGAUACACUCCAACAUCAUCAAGACUGACGUGUUCCGAGACUUCAGCGAAUUAGAACCGGAGAAGUUCCAGAACAAGACCAAUGGCAUCACUCCUAGACGCUGGCUCCUCCUCUGUAACCCGGGAUUGGCUGAGCUCAUUGCUGAGGCCAUUGGGGAGGAAUAUGUGAAGGACCUCAGCCAGUUACAGAAGCUCAAUGAGCUGGUAGACGAUGAUACCUUCAUUAGAGAUGUGUCUAAAGUCAAGCAGGAUAACAAGGAGAAGUUUUCCCAGUACCUGGAGAAAGAGUACAUGGUGGAAAUCAACCCGUCCUCCAUGUUUGAUGUUCACGUCAAGAGGAUUCACGAGUACAAGCGCCAGCUCCUCAACUGCCUUCACAUCGUCACCAUGUACAACCGCAUCAGGAAGAACCCAAAAGCACAUUUUGUUCCCCGGACUGUGAUCAUUGGUGGCAAGGCUGCGCCGGGGUACCACAUGGCCAAGAUGAUCAUCAAGCUGAUCACGGCUGUGGGAGAGGUGGUCAACAAAGAUCCUGUGGUGGGCAGCAAGCUGAAGGUCAUCUACCUGGAGAACUACAGAGUCUCUCUGGCUGAGAAAGUAAUCCCAGCCACAGACCUGUCUGAGCAGAUCUCCACAGCUGGCACGGAGGCGUCCGGCACCGGCAACAUGAAGUUCAUGCUGAACGGAGCGCUCACCAUCGGCACCAUGGACGGAGCCAACGUAGAGAUGGCCGAGGAGGCUGGAGAGGAGAACAUGUUCAUCUUCGGCAUGAGGGUGGAGGACGUGGCAGAGAUGGACGCACAGGGCUACGAUGCCAUGACGUAUUACCAGAAGAUUCCAGAACUGAAGCAAGCCAUUGAUCAGAUCAACAGUGGAUUCUUCUGUCCCAAACAACCAGAGCUCUUCAAAGACGUCACCAAUAUGCUUUUCAACCACGACCGCUUCAAGGUGUUUGCAGACUAUGAGGACUACAUAAAGUGCCAGGAGAAAGUCAACGAACUAUAUCAGAACCUGAGGGAGUGGACCAAGAUGGUGAUCAAGAACAUCGCUGCGUCUGGGAAGUUCUCUAGCGACCGCACCAUCACCGACUACGCCACGGAGGUGUGGGGGGUGGAGCCUACAGAUCUGAAGAUCCCACCCCCCAAUGAGCCACGCGAGGCCCUCGACGAGACGGCCAGGGCGCUGAGGGAGAAGUGAGGCUGCCUGGUGUGGCGUGACCAGGGUGAAGUUACCCCUAGAUGCUGUUCUAGUCAGUUUAGCGUCCAGUCCACACUAAUGGUUAAGGUUAGGAUUGGGAGAUGGGGAAGCUAAUCCUUGACCUGUACCUAGGGAAAACUUCACCCCAGAUUGCCUGCCGUUAUUUAAAGGGAAAAUCUAAAAAUAUGUAACUCAAUAAACGGAGCUCUUUAUGUAAAGCAGUUGACUACUUAAUAACAGUCUGUUACAUACUUACUUUCAGCAUAAACAAACAGUGUUCUAUUUUUCUGACCCCGUCUUCUAGGUGCUACACUGUUGCUACCAGAUUCUUACCGUGUCUUUCAGUUGCCAACUGGCUCAUACUGUACUUGAAAGUGAAGUUAUCAAAACUUUAUUAUGACCCUUAAUUUUCAAAUAUUCUGUAUUGUUACUUAAAAAAUAAAUCUAAUCGUCUCUGA